AUGGAUGAAGUUAUGAAGAAAAUACGAGGCAAGGAACGGUGGGCAUGGUGUAUGAUGUUUACAAGUGAUAUAAUUUUGAUAGGAGAAAAUCUUGAAGAAGUUAACAAUAGGCUUGGUGAAUGGAAAAUGGUACUCGAAGGAAAGAGACUUAGGAUAAGUAAAACAAAGUUUAUAGAGCACGAGUUUGGAAGAACAGGUCAAAAGGUUGACAAGAUAAAACAGCUAAUGACCAUAAAUGGUGACGAAAUAGGCGAAGUUGAGAGUUUUAAGUACUAAAGAUCUUUUAUACAAAUGAACGAUGGCUUUGAUAGAGAUGUGAAACAUGGGAUUAGUGUGGUUGGAAAAAGUGAAGAGAAACGUUGUUGUGACAAGAGGAUUCAAAUGAGACUUAAAGGGAAGGUCUACAGGAGUGUGAUUGAGACUGGUGCUCAGUGGACAGAAAAAUCAUAG